AUGGCGAAAAACAAAUCGAAGGAGUUGGUCUCCGGCAACACUGAAAUCUUCAACGAAACGAGGAACGACAAGGGAUUCAGCAGUUUGGAGUCCAGUUUGAAAGGGUUGUCAUCCCAGACUCAUUUCUGGUUCUUCAACACUUCCCAGUUCUCAGACCUUGUUGUUCAAACGACUGAGCAGGACUUCAAGGUGCAUAAGCUUGUGAUAUGUGGUCAAUCAGAAUAUUUCAGUCUCAUGUACAGCAAGGAGUGGAAGGAAACGGCCGAGAAUAAGAUUGUUCUCAAAGAAGAUGACCCUCAUGCCGUCGAAGCUAUGAUCCACUUCAUGUACGGAUUUGACUAUGACAGCAGUGGAAAUAAUGCUCGCCGUGUUUCCCCCAUGCUUUUCAACGCCAAGGUGUAUCAGAUUGCCGACAAAUACUCAAUCCCUGCACUCAAAGACAUUUCCAAGGAAAAGUUUGAACAUGCGGUGCAGAAAUGCUGGGAGAUGGAUGAUUUCCCCCAUGCUAUCGUCGAGGUCUACGCAAACAGCCCGUCAACGGACAAAGGCUUGCGCAGCAUCGUUACGGAAAUAUCAAAAAUGCAGAUCCAAAAGCUCAUCCAGAAAGAGGAUUUCCAAAAUGUACUCGAAGAAGUUGCUUCCUUUGGUGCUGAUCUCACCCGCCUUCUCGCCGAGGCCCCAUCCAAAGCCCAGCCGGAUUACAAAAGAUACAUAUGCCCAAGUUGCCAAAACACAUGGAUAGCAUCAUCUUUCCCAACUAGGACAACUCGCUACUGUCAGAAUUGCGGAUAUCAAUAUAGUAAUUGGCAGUCAUAUGAAAAGCCCAUCUAG